CAGCCCCCAAGGCGGCUGCAACCGUGAGCAAGCCCCACCUCUUCCCCCAGGGAGACACCUCCUCCCGCCAGGUCUCCUGCAGGUGCAACAGAGCCGGGGAUUUGCGGGCCGGACCCCCCCAGCCCGCCCCACUACAGUCGUUUGGCAGCAGAGCACGGACCCUCCAGGAAAGACCAUAUAUGCUGCAGCACUUGGAUGCUUCAAGACCCUUUUCUCCCCAAAACGGCUCACAUCUGUAAGGAGAGACAGGCCCUGCCUACAGGAUUAAACUAAUAAAAAGACAGAGACGCACCAGGAAAGAUGGCAGAGAGCGCUGGAAAAAAGAGAAUGGCCGGGACGCAAGGCCGCAAAGUAGCCACUGAGAUGCCAAAGGAUUGCGUGGAAACAUCCCAACCUCCAACAAGUAGACGGCGGGGUCCGUGCCUUACAUGGAUGGAUGGGAAGAAAUGCAGCGUGUGGAUGUUCUUACCUCUUGUACUGACACUGUUUACCUCAGCGGGACUGUGGAUUGUAUAUUUUAUAGCCGUCGAGGACAACAAAAUUUUCCCACUAAACGUGAAAGAAAGCAAACCAGGUCCCCUGAAGCCACCUUAUAUAAGCCUUGCAGGUGAUGCCCCUCCUGCAAGCUGUGUGUUUAGCCAAGUCAUGAACAUGGCAGCGUUUCUAGCCGUGGUACCGCCCCUCCUCCGCUUUAUUCAGCUAAAGCCAAAGGUCCUGAAUCCCUGGCUCAACGUGAGCGGUCUGGUGGCGUUGUGUUUGGCCUCCUUUGGAAUGACUCUCCUUGGCAACUUCCAGCUUUCCAAUGACGAAGAAAUACAUAACGUUGGCACGUCCCUGACCUUUGGGUUUGGCACCCUUGCCUGCUGGAUUCAGUCUGCGCUAACCCUCAAGAUAAACUUGAAGAAUGAAGGCAGGAAAGCUGGAAUCCCACGAGUCGUCUUGUCUGCAGCAAUAACCCUCUGCGUAGUCCUUUAUUUCAUCCUGAUGGGACAGAAGUUCCACAUGCAUGCAUCACGGAUACAGUGGGGCAUGGUGAUGUGUUUCCUCUGCUACUUCGGCACCUUUGCGGUGGAGUUCAGGCACUACCGCUUCGAGAUCAUUUGCUCCGAGUACCAGGAGAACUUCCUCAGCUUUUCUGAAAGUCUGUCCGAAGCAUCCGAGUAUCAGACGGAUCAGGUGUGAUCCGACCUCUCAACUUCCUUUUCCUCACUGUGCUGGGCGUGUCCAGUCACAUGACUCUACUCACAGCUCCAUUUCCUGCUUCUUCUUUUUAAAAAAACCACACACACCUUGUUUUCUACGUCUGUAGGCACUGCAAGUGGCCCAAAAGUUCUCUGGAGAGGCAGGAUCAGACCUAAGAGAUGUGGAGUGGCUGCCGCUCUGCUUCCCUUUGUUCUUCCUUUCUUCCACAGCAUCACAAGAUGGAGUGUUCCACCCAGAUGGUGAAUGAUUAUCAAAGGUUUAGGGGUCAGGGUGGGGACAGAGCAAGAAGUCCUGUCAGUUUUUUUGGUGCACCUAGACUUGAGUCCAGUUAGCACCUUAGAAACCACAAGAUUCCAAUCCCGAUGUUCUACGGCUGACCAUCGUUUGCCCCCUGAAACUGUCUUCUUUGGCGAAACCUUAACGUAUUUAGAACAAAGGCAAGCUGGAAAAGAUCACAUUGGCAGCUGUGGUUUUUGAGGCUGUCUUCCUCUACUCUCAAAGCGAAGGGUUUAAAAUACAGGAAGCUCUCCUGGCAGAGACAGUGGCAUAAAGCUCCUCUCGCAGAUGGAGGGAAUUUGGCACCCCAGUUGCACGUCCUGAGCGGGUCCCUGCAAACCUAGGAAUUCCAGUUUGCAGUCUGGAGCUUUCUCCUUUCCGAACCGGCAGCGGUCGCAGCUGGAGUUCCUGGCCUCUUAGGUUUGUUGGGCCUUCCAUCCACUGUGCUCUGAGGCCUGCCUUAGCACAGACAAAAGGCCAGGGGAGGGGACAGCAUGAAAAAGCAAUGGCUGGUGAGCUUCCUGUUUCGGCAGCAAACCUAAAGUUAUUCCCCAGUUUGCGGUCUGUGCAUCCUGCUAGCCCUUUCUUUGUAGAUUUCUGGAGGUCAGUCAGUUAUUAAGAGCGCUGAAGUUCUAGUGGGGAAAAGUUGGCCAGCCCCAAGGCAUUAUGGGGCACUCGGAGAAGAGUGAGCCGGCACCUUCUGCCAGCUAAUUGGUACAGGACCUUGGGAGGCCAACUGUUUUUCUACAU